AUUGUUUUCUGAUGAAAAAUACUUCGAUCUGGACGGUAUAUACAAUCGGCAAAAUGGUAGAAUCUGGGCAGUAGAUCGUGAUGAAGCUGAUGCUAACGGUGGAAUCAAGCAAAAACAAAAGUUUCAAGCAAAAGUCAUGGUGUGGUUAGGUGCUUGUUCGAAGGGAAUUACACCAGUGGUAAUUUUUGAAAAUGGCACCAUGAAUCAACAACGUUACAUUGAUAAAGUGCUUCCAGUUGCUAAAAAAUACGGUGAUAAACAAUUUGGAGAUGAUUGGAUAUACCAGCAGGAUGGAGCCAAGCCAUACACGGACAAACUUUCAAUGGAAUGGUGUUACGAUAACAUUCCUGCAAUAAUCGACAAACAACGUUGGCCACCAAAUAGUCCUGAACUCAAUCCCUUGGACUAUAGUGUAUGGACUGAAUUUGUACAACAAAUUAAUUGGAAUGUUGUACGAUCGAAACAAACUUUAAUUGAAGAACUGAAACGAUCUGUGAAAAAAAUUAGAACAGAAACAGUUUUAAAAAGUUGGAAAAGUUGGACCAAUCGAUUGCAUCGUUUAAAAAGAAUUAACGGAAACUAUUUUCAUUAA